GCGGCCCCACCCCCGUCCCCGCGGGCAUCCAAUCGGGCGCCGCCGUCCGGGGGCUGUGUCCAGCGCGGGGCGGGGCUUCCCGGCGGGCCACCCGCGCGAGCCGCCCCAGCGGCCCGGCUGGGGCGGGGGACUGAGGGGCGGCGCGUGCCGCGGGGGCGCGGCUGGCACGGUUGCGGGGAGGCGGCGCCGGGCAUGGGCCGGGGACGCGACGGCCCCACGGCAGGGGCAGCGAGCGGCGGGGGCGGAGGCGGCCGCUAGCGCCCUGCCCGGCGCCGCCUCCCUCGGAGCGCUCGCCCCGCGGACCGGCAGGCGGCGGACCGGCAGGCGGAGGACCGCGGCCCCAGGUGGUGGAGAGUUGGGGAGAAUCCAGAGGACAUAUCGUUGUAAUCAUUUUCGUCCUUUACCUUCUUACUGCCAAGGCUGCUGUGAAAGGCCCUGCCUCUGCUGUGAAGUAACAGUUUGUGGCCAGACAAGUCCAGAACCAAGACGUUGUCAUCACAGGAACGUGGAGCCCGGCAGUGGGACCAGCUCCAUCCGGUCGAGAUGGUGGACACAGAGAGCCCGAUCGGUCCCCUCUCCCCCCUCGAGGCUGAUGAUCUGGAAAGCCCACUCUCUGAAGAAUUCCUACAAGAAAUGGGAACCAUUCAAGAUAUUUCUCAGUCCAUUGGUGAGGACAGUUCUGGAAGCUUUAGUUUGACAGAAUACCAGUAUUUAGGAAGUGGUCCAGGAUCAGAUGGCUCCGUUAUUACAGACACCCUCUCACCAGCCUCGAGUCCCUCGUCCAUCUCUUACCCUGUGGUUCCUGGCAGCGCCGAGGAAUCGUCCAGUGUAGCACUGAACAUCGAGUGUAGAAUCUGUGGGGACAAAGCCUCGGGCUACCAUUACGGAGUUCACGCAUGUGAAGGCUGCAAGGGUUUCUUUCGGAGAACUAUUCGGCUAAAGCUGGCAUAUGACACAUGUGACCGUAGCUGCAAGAUUCAGAAAAAGAACCGGAAUAAGUGCCAGUAUUGUCGUUUUCAUAAGUGCCUUUCAGUUGGGAUGUCCCAUAAUGCGAUUCGUUUUGGACGAAUGCCAAGAUCGGAAAAAGCAAAAUUGAAAGCAGAAAUCCUUACAUGUGAACAUGACCUAGAAAAAAAUUCUGAAACCGCAGAUCUCAAAUCUCUCGCUAAGAGGAUUUACGAGGCCUACUUGAAGAACUUCAACAUGAACAAGGUUAAGGCCCGGGUCAUCCUCGCGGGAAAGGCCAGCAACAAUCCGCCUUUUGUCAUACACGACAUGGAGACGUUAUGUAUGGCCGAGAAGACUCUCGUGGCCAAGUUGGUGGCCAACGGCAUCCAGAACAAGGAGGCAGAGGUCCGCAUCUUCCACUGCUGCCAGUGCACGUCUGUGGAGACGGUCACGGAGCUCACGGAAUUCGCCAAGUCCAUCCCGGGGUUCGCAAACUUGGACUUGAACGACCAAGUCACUUUGCUGAAAUACGGAGUUUACGAGGCCAUAUUUGCAAUGCUGUCUUCUGUGAUGAAUAAAGACGGGAUGCUGGUAGCAUAUGGAAAUGGUUUUAUAACUCGUGAAUUUCUAAAAAGCCUAAGAAAACCAUUUUGUGAUAUCAUGGAGCCCAAGUUCGAUUUUGCAAUGAAGUUUAAUGCACUGGAGCUGGACGACAGUGAUAUUGCCCUUUUUGUGGCUGCUAUAAUUUGUUGUGGAGAUCGGCCCGGCCUUCUAAACGUGGGACAUAUUGAAAAAAUGCAGGAGGGUAUCGUGCACGUGCUCAAACUUCACUUACAGAGCAACCAUCCCGACGACGUCUUUCUCUUCCCAAAACUCCUGCAAAAGAUGGCAGAUCUGCGGCAGCUGGUCACGGAGCAUGCGCAACUGGUGCAGGUGAUCAAGAAGACAGAGUCCGACGCCGCCCUGCACCCGCUGCUGCAGGAAAUUUACAGGGAUAUGUACUGAUUUCUUGGAAAUGCACACAAAAAAAGAAACUUUUCAAGCGUUUUUAAAGGCGACAAGUGAGAGAUGGGAGCAACGCAACUUUGCACAAAUGUCACCAUUUGAACCUGGGACAAAGGAAAGUAUAAGCUCUAGGUAACCGGAAUCCUGUUCCAUGUUUCUUUCUUUUUUUAACCACUGCUUCAAGAAAUGCUGGUGAUAAACAGCUAUUAGUCAGGACUUGGAAAAUUAUGCAGAAUGGUGUUCAGUGGCCUGAUUUAAUGCACCCGAUGUGAAUCAAUGCAGAUUUCUUUGUCACCUUAGGAAUUUACUGGUGAAUUAACCUCAAAAUACGUGGUCUGUCUUCCCUUUGCACCACGUUUUGACUGUUGUGCUCCUUUAUAAUUUUGAAAACUAAUCAGCACUUUUUAAUUUUUAUAAUCCUGUAAACCUAGAUGUCUCCAAAGGUUAGGUAUUUAAAAAGUUUCCUGAAUUUGAAGAAAGACAACAUGCCGGUUUUGAAUCGUAGGAUUUAGAAUGUGAAGAAUGAUUCGAUAAGCUAUCAAAAUGCAGCAAUUGUUUUGUUUCAGUUCGCUGUUUUCAUGGUGUAACUAAUAUGUGAAAAAGCCUGUUCCCAGGUUUGUGUAGAAGAUCCCGGAAAGCCACGUCUCACGGGCCCUCUGGACUCGAUCCUCCGCCUGUUUAAAGCUAGUGUCUGUGGUCAGCAGGAACAAGACAGACUCUGAAGCAUGUCAGCUUCCCAUUCCUCUCACCUCCAUUUCCGAUCAAAUCUGAACCAACUGACUCAGGCUGUUUGGGGGCCAUGGUCACGUCUCCAGGGGCAAAGUGACAAGUUAUUUGUAAAUCUUGCGCUGGGCCCCCUCUGUCAAGGCAGCUCCUUGGUCUUUUUCUGUGUUGCUUUUUUAAACAUGCGGCUUAAUUUUUAUAACUCUUGCUGUGGUAGCUGCUCCCUGGAGUGGAGAAGACGAGGCACAGGUGACUUUAUCCUGUGGCCUGGGGGCAGGGGUCUCAUCUGGAGAAUGAACAGGCC